GAUUUACUAGAAUCUAUCUUUUUGCGGAGAGCACCUAAGCCUUACAAUUUCCCCAACCGCAGGCUUAUCCGUGACGAGGUAUUACGGCCACCCAUUCGCUCGAAGCUCAGUCUACUCGCCAUGGCCACCAACUUUGCAGCUGCCUCUUUCGUCCUAGUCUCCGCCUCCUCCCCUUCUUACGAAGAUAAAGUUUCCAAAUCCGUCAGACUUCGGGAAGAUUGGAGGAAUCGUUCCAAACCGAUUCACCCUGGUGGGGUUUAUCCUGCCAAGGAGCACUGCAGCCGCUGUGGGCUUUGUGAUACGUACUACAUAGCACACGUCAGGGAUGCUUGCGCUUUCUUAGGAGAUGGUAUGUCCAGAAUUGAGGCUCUAGAACCUGCAGUGCAUGGAAGAGAACGAGGAAGUAGCUCAGAUGAAAUUUACUUUGGUGUGCACGAGGAAUUGAUAUAUGCUAGAAAAAUAAAGCCUGUUGAAGGAGCUCAAUGGACAGGUAUUGUGACAACAAUUGCAGUAGAAAUGCUAAAAGCAAAUUUAGUUGAAGCUGUUGUUUGUGUACAAAGUGACCCUGAGGACAGGCUUAGCCCAAGACCUAUUUUAGCCAGGACACCUGAUGAAGUUUUUGCUGCAAAAGGUGUUAAGCCAACGCUAUCUCCCAACCUGGAUACCCUUGCCAUCAUUGAGGCUGCUGGAGUGAAGCGCCUUCUUUUUUGUGGCGUUGGUUGCCAAGUUCAAGCACUAAGAUCUGUGGAGAAGUAUCUUGGUUUGGAAAAACUUUAUGUGCUUGGCACAAACUGCGUGGACAACGGAACUCGCCGAGGUUUAGAUAAAUUCUUGAAGGCUGCAAGCAGUGAUCCAGAAACGGUUGUACAUUAUGAGUUCAUGCAAGACUAUAAGGUUCACUUGAAGCAUUUGGAUGGCCAUAUUGAAGAGGUUCCUUACUUUUGCCUACCAGCAAAUGAACUUGUUGAUGUAAUUGCUCCAUCAUGUUACAGCUGUUUUGACUAUACAAAUGCGUUGGCAGACCUUGUGGUGGGAUACAUGGCAGUGCCAAAAUAUUCUGGACUACGCAUGACUGAACACCCACAAUACAUUACUGUCAGAAAUGAACGAGGACGGGAGAUGCUUACGCUAGUUGAGAAUCUUUUGGAGAUAACCGAAACAACCAGCAGUGGAAGCAGAAAGCCAUUUGUUAUGGAGACGGUUAAAGCAGAUGAUAAAGCCAAGUUAGGAAAAGGUCCUUCUCAGCAAGUUCCUCGAUUCGUUGGUAAUUUGAUUGCAUUCAUAUUAAAUUUAAUUGGACCUAAAGGCCUUGAAUUUGGUCGAUAUUCUUUGGAUUACCAUACAAUAAGAAACUACCUAUAUAUAAACCGUCAGUGGGGAAAGCAAAGAGCUGAACGACACAUGCCGUCAUAUGCAAAGAAAAUUGUGGAAGAGUAUAAUGUGAAUGGACAAAUAGAUGAAAUGCUUUCAAAGACUACAAAUUAGGAGGUUCACUGAAUGCCUACUCUUUUUAGAUGGUAUCUUUAGAGUGCCUUAAUAAGGCUUGGUAUCUGUCUCAGUACUUGAUGCUAUGAUAUCUCAUUUUAUGUUCAUUAUACUUGUUGAGUUGGAUAACACUAUUUUAGAUAUUCUGCAUUUAAAUUCUAGCCUUGUAAUUCUUCUUUUA